AUGUCUUUUAAACCUUUGCUAUCUUUGACUGUAACCACAGCACCAAUAACAGAUACUACUACUGCUACCACAGAACGCACACGCACAAUAACUUAUUUACCAAGUUUGGGUACUAUUAAAACACCAUCUAAAACGAAAAAGGAUGAAAUGAAGACUAGUGCAGCGGAACGACUCUUUAGCGCAGUGUCUAAUGCGCACUUUCCUACUGCAGCGGCAGUGAUUGGAGAAAGUGUAGCGGUGCAACAAACGGACCAAGCGGGACAAACGGGUCAAAUAGGACAACCGGGAACAUCGUAUGCAGCUGUUCCGUCGAGGCUAAUCGUAACAGCACAAGGACCGCAAAGUGGAAUGAGUAAGAAACAGUUAAAUAAAGUGCAAUCAUUAGUAUCAAAGUCAAGAACAAGUGUACCUGAAAAAGAUAAAGAAGGAGCAGCUGAGAAAGUAGAAUUAGUCAUUUUAGAAAAAGAAAAGCCGCAGAAAUGGUGGCAGAAAUUAUUUCAUUGGGAACAGCAUAUAGCAGAAGCGAGGCCUAUGUAUCGUGAUGACGCUUUUUAUGAGGGUCCUUUGGACAGGUUACCUGUUUAUCAAAAAAGUAUGAUGGAUACCACACCUGAAGAAAGAACUGGUCUUGAAUAUCAGAUGGCCGUUACACGUGCAGUGACCGCUGCAGAUUUAGGAGAAAAAAGAGGAGUUUACACUUCUGCUAUAGAAACUUGCAAGAAGGAAUAG